AUGUCCGCCGAACCCAACGCCCCAGGCCAUAACAAACAAUACUAUGAAGAAGAAGAAGAUCUUCUGAUCAUGCUCAAGCAGCUAGGGGGACUCUCGUGGCCAGAAAUUGCGCACAGAUUCAACGAAAGUGUCACGGACGACCGACGCAGAACCGCAUCGGCCCUAGAGAAUAAGUGGCGACAGUUACGAAAGACCUAUAACUUGGCCGAAACUCCCCAUAUGUUCCUGGAGCAGGAGCAGUAA